GAGCGUAUGGCCAAGCUGCUGAGCAGCCUGUCUCCCAAAGCUACCGCAGCGGCGCCUGGUGGUCUCCUCACAGCGGCAGCAACAGCAGCGCCUGCUGCAUCCACUGCUGCGGCAUCUCCUACCUUGACUUCUUCGACUUCAUUUGCAGCUCCAGCGCGCCGAACAGAGGCCACGCCUCCUGCAGAGAUGGCGAAGGCAGAGCCCCCCCUCCCUGCAGAGCGAGGGGAGCCUCUUGCGAAGUCGUUUGCCCGGGGCCCUGCCGAAGUCACGGUAGUGCCAGACGACCCUCCUGAGAGCAGGGCAGUCAAGCGACAUGAGCCUGCGGCUCCAGCGGGGCCUCCAAAGCCGGCAAAGAGAUCUGUGCUGGACAUGCUCCUCGGAUCUGACAGCCAGUGA